AUCGUACAAAAGUUAAGCAAAAUUUAACUUUAUACGACGUCGGAUGAUUAGUUAAAAUUAUCGGAUAAAAAUUGUUGUCAAAAUAUUUCGACCAAUAGGAGCACCGUCGGAUCGUCGUGUCAUCGGAUUUCGGAUGCAUGAGACUCCGGCUUAACACGCCAAAAAGAAGUGGAAAAUGUGCAAAAAUGCCUUUCCAAUAACAGCUGAUAAAGUUUAGAGAUAGAGACAUGCAUUUUCGUCUGUGAUUUUCGUUUAGUCAUAAUUUUUUGAAAAAGUUAUACAAGGCACAUACAUAUUAUUCUUUACAUGAUAUUAAAGAAUUGGGUAUACCAAGAAUUGAACAGUGACAAUAGAUGAAUGAGUUAAAUAAGAUAAAAAGAUAAAAUGUCAUACCAAAAUAAGAGUGUCAGAGGCAGAGGAAAACAUUUUAACAAUAUGCAGACCUAUCAAAGAGAAGACAGUAUCUCGAGACCUCAAAAUAGUAGUUAUCCUAAUUAUGCUGUGCAAAGGAGAGAAUUUCAGAACAUAUCAAAGCAUGACAAUAAUUGUUGUAAGGAAAUUAGUGUAAAUUUACAUUUGUAUGAUGAGGAUAUAAUCUUUUUUCAAGAUUUAAAAAUGAUGUAUCAAUCCUUAAAACAAAGCCCCCCAGUUACUUCAAAGCUCGAAAUCUAUUUUAGUAGCUGCAAGAAUCCUUAUGAUCAGUUUUUAAAAUUAUUAUACAACUGUCAAGAUUUUUACAGUGCUAAGUCUAAAUCUUUACCUAUGCUUUUAAUAGACGAAUUUAAAAAAUGGUCGGCAAGAAACAAAAGUGAAUUAAGAAAUUUAUUAACACCACAGCUUCAAAUUGAUGCUUUUAAAAUUAUUACAAAGCAGAAUAUUCAGUUUGUUACCAAACUUAUAUUUGAAAUAUUUGAAAUGGCCGAAAAUUGUGAUAUAUUUGUAGAUAGUAUUAAUUGCUAUAUUGACAAAAAACAGUACAAAGAGGCUUGCCAAUAUAGUGCAAUGCUAAAAUUGCACGAUAAAUUUUCAAUAGAAGAUUUUCUGGUGCCCUUGAUUUUACAAGACAAAUUGCAAUGUGUCGACGAUUUUCUUCAUGGAAGUAAGAGGCACCAAAGAGAAUUAGUCGAAUUUUUAGAUGUUAUGUUGAAUAAUGCUUCGUUACGCCAGUCUAUGGAACAGUAUGUUCUUGAGCGUGAAAUUCCCGAAGUACGAUUUGAUAAGUUGCAUGUCAAAUCAUGGAAGAAAAUUAUAAGUCGUCUAGUUAAAAUGUUUAAGUUGUCACUAGAUCUGACGCCGAACUUGAAUAAAAGGCGAAACGCCGGUGCUUUACAGUUUUUAUUAAAGAAGAGGUUUACGAAAAACACGUUCAGUGACGAAAGUUGGAAAGAAAUGGUAGAAGAGGCAGUUGGCGAUGACGAGAACUUGCAAAAGGAAUUAGUAGUAAGCGUAGCGCAAUAUGGAGAACUCUCUGAAGCUUUGCGAUGGGCGAUUUUCUAUAGUAUAGAUAAAAGCGAAUGGCCCUACAGUCUUCAAUUGUUGGAUGAAAAUAAACUACCAGAUUCUGUACCAUUAUCUCCAUCGACAGAGGAUUGGGAUCAAGAUAAUUCUAGCAAAGUUGAAUUUCACAAAUAUCCGUUACCACUGGAUACUAUUAUUUUGGUGGAUAAUAUACAAAAAUUUGAAAACUUUUUAGACACUGGCCUUGAGGGUAUAGAUUUGGUUGGUAUCGAUUGUGAAUGGAAGCCUAGCUUUGGAGGUCAAUGUAACGAACUCGCCCUUAUGCAGAUCGCCACUAGAAAAGCAGUUUAUGUUAUAGACGUAGUAAACCUUGCUCAUAAAGAGCCCCAUAUGUGGCAAGACUUGGGGAAACACUUGUUUAAUAAUUGUGAUAUUUUAAAAUUAGGUUUUAAUAUGUCCAGUGAUAUUCAUAUGAUUAGGAGUGCUUUACCUCACGUGAAUUUCAACCCAAAGCAUUUGGGAUUUUUGGAUUUGUGUACGUUAUGGAAACAUAUAGAGAAAUAUCCAAAAGUGCGAUUUCCAUAUGAAGUGAAAAGCGGUGGUUUAAGUUUGACAACUUUGGUCUGCCUCUCUUUGGGGCACGACUUGGACAAAUCCGAGCAAUUUUCGAAUUGGGAGAAAAGACCAUUGCGCGAUACUCAAAUUUAUUAUGCAGGCCUAGAUGCAUAUUGUCUUAUUCAAGUUUAUGAUGUUAUAAAGGAAUGUUUUGGACGAGUCAACUGUUCCUUCGAUGACCUGUGUUAUUCGUUGGUUCAGCAUGAAAAGUCGCCUAGAAAGAAAACUAAGAAGAACCACCACAGACGUAAGAAUGCGGAUGAUGAUAUGGUUCAACCUCCAAGUCCUCAUAUUGAAUCUGUAGAAGCUCACGAAAUCAAAGUUGUGUGCGACACAAUGUUACAAGGCUUGGGAAAAAACCUGAGAAGAUGCGGUAUAGACACCGUCAUCUUGGAAAAUGACCAAGAUCACAAGGAAUGCGCCAGAUACGCCAUCGACGAAAAACGGUAUAUAUUGACGAAGAAAGGGCCGUUUAAGGUGUUAAAUGGAUACGUUCCAGCCGGACACUGUCUUAAUGUAAAUUCAAAUCAUGUUGACGAACAAUUGCAAGAAGUAUUAGAUUUUUACAAGGUUAAAGUGACGAAAGAUCACGUUUUCAGCAGAUGUCAAGCGUGUAAUGGCAAUAGUUUCGUAAAGGUGCCUAGAGAAACGAUGUUAGCAUUAUAUAACGUCACCACACCAAAAUUUGGACCGCCAUGCUAUUUUGAGGAUGAAGCGUCUGGCUUAACUUCUGACGAAGAUUUCGACGAUUUUACGGGUUCUGCAUAUUCGGAACCAAGUUAUUCCCCAUCGAGAAGUUUCGGUAACCCUUCGGCCAACCGAAAAUGGGAAAUACAUGAAAAUAUCGACGUCGAACGGUGCCAGACGAAACUGGGAAUACCGAUUAAAAUAGAUCUUGUUCCACUGCCCGUAAUUUAUAAUUACGACAUAUUCUAUAUAUGCGAAGAAUGCGGUAAAAUUUAUUAUGACGGUACUCACCUAGAGCGAGUGCUGACCGGAAGACUACAAGGGAUAGUGCAGUAGAGAAAUAAUUGUUGACUUUUUAUAAUUGAAUAACUAU